GUCUGAGCCUCAGGACGGGGUACAGAUGGGGGUACAGCUCUCCGCUCUUUCCUCGCUACUCUGGGAAGCUCAGGGCGGGCGGGCGGAGCGCUCUCCUGCAGCCGGGCCUCACUGGGCACCAGGUCCCCACCUGAAACCCCGCCUGCCACUCCGCCUCAGCCGACCCAAUCAACGCCCAAUCUGACCGGGAUGAGGCGGGGCUUAUGCAAAUCGUGUCGCCUCUGAGAGACACAUAGUGAUACAAGAGCUGGGAGGCGACUCGGGCGCGGACCUUGGGGAACCUGGCCGUCGGCCCGCGAGCCAGUCUCAGUCUCCGCGGCCCGCCGAGGCUCAGAGUCAUCCAGCGACCCGGCGAACGGCCUCAGGCCCUGCCAUGGGGAAGACCAACAGCAAGCUGGCCCCAGAGGUGCUGGACGACCUGGUUCAAAACACCGAGUUCAGUGAGCAGGAGCUGAAGCAGUGGUACAAGGGCUUCCUGAGGGACUGCCCCAGCGGCAUCCUCAACCUGGAGGAGUUCCAGCAGCUCUACAUCAAGUUCUUCCCCUACGGCGACGCCUCCAAGUUUGCGCAGCACGCUUUCCGCACCUUCGACAAGAACGGCGAUGGCACCAUUGACUUCCGGGAGUUCAUCUGCGCCCUUUCGGUCACCUCCCGCGGCACCUUCGAGCAGAAACUCAACUGGGCCUUUGAGAUGUACGACCUGGACGGCGACGGGCGCAUCACACGCCUCGAGAUGCUGGAGAUCAUUGAGGCUAUCUACAAGAUGGUGGGCACUGUGAUCAUGAUGCGCAUGAACCAGGAUGGGCUCACGCCCCAGCAGCGUGUGGACAAGAUCUUCAAGAAGAUGGACCAGGAUAAGGACGACCAGAUUACACUGGAGGAGUUCAAGGAGGCGGCCAAGAGUGACCCGUCUAUUGUGCUGCUGCUGCAGUGUGACAUGCAGAAGUAGAGGCUGGUGAGGGGCAGGGCCCCUGGCCAGGAGGGGCGUGGCCACCUCCCAACCCAGUGACCUCUGGUUGGCCCUUCCCCAGGGGGAGGAGGACUCCAGCCUCACUCUCUGGCCCACCCACCCCUCUGCCCAAGUCCUUGCUCCCCUCAGUCAAGAUCCUUGAGGGACCACCUAACUCUGGAAUAGAGACAGAUCCUCAGGUAUCCUGUGGUCUAGCCCCAGCCCCAGUCUUGGCCCAGAAUCAACAUCCACUGGGCAUAGGGGAGUUGGUUUUUGCAUCAAGGUGCAGGGUGAAGGAGGGGGGCUGGGUUCUGCUUUGAAAUUCUGUUCUUCCUGGGAUUGUGCUUUAUAGGAUGUGGUCCCACAGACCCCGGUUAAAGGGCCAAAUUGGGUCUGUCCUUUGCUGAGGACCCAGAUCCCUUAAAGGUGGUCUGUGUCCUGCCCCCACGACUCUACCUGGCCCCUGUGGCCCCAGCCUUUGGAGUGUUCAUUCAGUCCUUUCUUCAGCUAACAGUUAUUGAGCACCUGUUCAGUGCCAGGCGCCUCUAGGUGCUAAGGCUAUGGCAGUUUACAAGACUCAUUCUGUACCCUCCGGCAGCUCGUAGGGUGGUUAGUGGUCAGGGCCUCAGGCAGGGAUGUUGAGCACAGGUGAGCAGAGGGUGCGGUGAGACUGGUUAGUUUGAGAGGAACUAUUAAAUCUUUCUGCUCAACUCCACACAGAGCUGCAGAAGGAUGAAAUGAAAAGUGUUUGGAAGUCUAGGAACCAUGUCAGGGAGAAUUUUAAGAAAAAUUGAAAUUUAUGUAAUACCUAUAUUUUUAGGACCCUUUAAAAGAGCUAAAAUCAUUUUAUUAGUUGAGGAUAUUAAAACAUACUUUAUAUUACUUGGUUUCUUGUAAAAUGAUUAAAUGGAUACAGAAGAUGCUAAUUUUCAGGGGGAAAAAAGAACUGAGAAAAAAGAGAGACAAUAUCACCCAACUUACCAGAUGACACUUUUUCUUAUCAGGCUAAGUCCUGAGCUGUCACAGUUAGCACUUCCUGCUGCUUCCUUUUUAAUGAUCUUUUUCAAUUCAGCGAGCACGUCUCUGCUGUGCGCUUAUUCUGGUUAGGUGCUGACUUCACAAACGAGAACACAAGGUUUGCCAAGAGUGAGACAAGUGUAGUUCCACAUCUGGAUUUGCUCUAGUUUAAGGAUGGGCUUAUUCUUUCACUGCUACAGAAGCAGGCGGAGCUAGAAGAAGAGGACCAGCCGGCCGCUGUUUUGGCUGCCAGGCUGCAUGUAUGGACCAAAUGCCUAAAAAUGUGCUGGGCAUGCUCCAUUGAAAGGCUUUUUCUAACCCCAAAUCCUAAGUCCACCAGGUAGUUCAUCAUCUUCCAAGUGCACUGGCUUUGCUUUCCAAUGUCUGCUUUCCAAUUUUGGAUCCAUGAGCUAUACAGCUGCAUGCUUUGAAUGCCAGAAAAUUAAUCUUGCUUCUUCAUCAAGUCUUUCACUUUACUUUCUCCUGUGCUUGUAAUCAGAAAUUAACUUCAAUGUGCAGUGACAGUGGAUUUUCUCUUGAACUGCUGGUGAAAAUAGUCUAGUACACAGGUGCUGUCAGCCCAGGGUGGGAGCUGGGAAUGAUUGCUGGGUUGGGGGGCGUGGGGUUGUAUCUUCAAGAAAGAGAUGCAGCAUAUCUCUUACUUUGGAGUGCUCACCUGUCCUCCCUCUCUGCAGGCGGAAACUCUUGGGGAUGCUGACCUGUGGUCUCAAAUUCUAUUAGACUUUCCUUCUUGCUGCCCUUAGGGGUGGCAAGUCCGCUGGGUUGCCACCCUCUUUUUAUCCUGCCAACGACCAGCCACAUGGUAAGACUGGGGAAUUCACAUCCUUGGGCAGUAAGCAGCAAGUUUUUAUCCAGUAAUGUCUCAAGGGAUGUUUCAUUGCUCUCAGGAGCUGGCCAUUAAGUGUGUCUUGGGCUGUCAGUCAACGCCAGAGGCACAUAGGGACUCAACAGCCCAGCUCAGAUGAGACUUCCAGUGGAAGGCUUUUACAAAGUGGGGUUCCUGUCCCCCCAGCGUUGACUCUAACCUAACUCACAAUCACACAGAACUUCAUGGCUUUCGAAGGCUUGCAUUGACCCCUCUCAUUCUAUCCUCACAGCCUAGGGAAAUAGGAAUUUUCAUUCCAUUUCUCCAGAUGUGGAACCUGAGGCACAGAGUAGAGUUCCCUGUGCAAGAUCACAGCCAGGAGGUGGCACAGUGCCAAGACUUGAACCCAGGGCUCUACAAGGGUUUCUUCCCUUCAGAGCGUCUUCCCUGCUCAUUCCUCUGACUCUGAGUUGUACAGAGAUUGACUGUAGGACAAGCUAAGUUGGUUUUGGUCUUUUACAAGCUUCCUGCUAAGAAGUUUCUGAGGCUGUGGUCUUCCAUAAAGAAAUAGGAGCUUGACUGAAGUCCCCACAUUUUCAAGCGUCUUAUUUUCUAUUUCUGGGCAGCUCUGCUAACAGGUCAGUGCUGUCCUAGGAGACCUCUGACUCAACCCGGGAAGCAUCUUUCACUGUCUUUAUUAUCUUCCUCCCUGAGAGAACUGUUUUGAUUUUUCCUAGAUGGUGGGCAAGUCCUACCCAUGAAGGCAUGUUUGAUCACUCCAAGCUUCUGGACAUAUACCCAUGGGUGAUCUUUGACGGUCAGGCCAAAGAUUCUCAGACAUCUCAGCAGUGUGAACACGUAAUGCCAGGUUGGGAGCUGGGACCACCAUCUUGCUGAUGGGAAGGGCCAGAGGCAGGCCAGACCUUGCUCCCACUUAUUCCUGGAUGUCCCCAGGGACUGUGUGCUUGGGAAUUCCUGUGGUAGAGCACCGGCCCUGCCUUGAGAAGAGAGGCAGGCCUCCCAUCCCUGCUGCAGCUAAGAGGGACUUGCCACAGAGCACAGGGUUAGCAGAGACUGAAGUAUGACUCGCCUAGACACAAAAAUAUACAGACAGUUAAAAUGCCGAAAUAUUUAAACUCUCUUUUGAAGUUCUGUAUCUUCUUGCAGCAACUCUGUGAAUUACAAGGUCCCCAAAUCUGCCUUCUAACUGUAUUUUGUCUUUAUUCAUCCUUUUGGGCUAAUUGAAAGGGGGCCCUUAUUUCUUAUCUCUAAAAGUCACCACCAAGGGCAACUUCAGAUGGCCACUCUAGUCUUCUGAGCUGUACUCAAGAUUAUAUGACUUACGUUUAAAUCAAAAGUUAAGAAACAGGAAGCCCAUAAGCAAAGGCACUGAAUCUUUUCCUGAUAAUGGCAGAGUCCCUAGAGGUAGAAAUUCAUCCUGCUGCAAAGAGAGAGAAGGAGGAGAGCGGAGAGGAGGGAAAGGGAGAGAAGAAGAGAAGAAGCUGGGCAGGGUAGAAAGCUGACACUAAAUAUUUUUACACAAAAAUUUACUAAAGCAACAAAUAUUUCCUGAAGAUCCACCCUGGGUGAGGCUUUGUGCUGACUUUAGAGAUCACUGUGGGGGCAUGAAUACAUUUCUUACAUAUUUUAUUCAUCCGUUUUGUGAAAAAAAAUAAUUCAAAUAUGCAAUUGAAAAGUCUCAGAAAAAUAUGGAAUUUUUUUCCUGAACUUCUCAGCAUUUUCUUUUACCUUUGCCAGAGUGUUGGGGGCAGGACUGGACCUCCAGGGUGUAUGGCCCUUCCUGCUUUGGUGGAGGCCUGGAGAAGCAAGGGGGGCUGGGUGGCAGAAGGGGGGCCUCCCAACUCAUUCUCCAACGUGGCCCCCUGUCCCCUUCAGAUGUGCUGCUCCAGGCUGUGCCUGCAGUGAAUGUCCUCAGUGUUCGACCCUGUGCUGUGUGGUGUAUUUUUUUUUUUUCACUGACAGUGAAUAAAAGGUGUGACCGUA